CAUUCUUGUCAGCCUUCUCUUCCCUUCCUCUGCAAGAACUUGCCCCGAAUAUCCGCUUCAGUCUGCCCCGUCAGUAGUUCCGUCCUUUAAAUUGCAUUUUCCGAUUGUGCAGCACACGAGGGGCUUUCCACAUGGCUCGUCGCUCGAGUGUUGUGGCGCUGCUUGUGCUUUCGCUCGCAGCGUGCGCGACGGCAUUCGAUCUGUCGGUCAGUCCAGAGGACGUGUUGGCCGCCGGCUUGAAGGUCGGACCCGCCAGCGACCUUGUAACCGCCACAAUGCCUGGUCGCUCCGUUCCAACAGAGCCUGGCGGAGUGGAGCUCAGCCGGGUGAUACGGCUCUCCGACAAGGACCCGCGCGCGUUUCUGUAUAAGAGCUUCCUGUCGGACGAGGAGUGCGACCACAUCGUGGCGAUCGCGGCCGCUCGACUCGCCAGGUCGGCCGUGACGGACAGCAAGAGCGGGCAGAGCGUGGUGAGCGAGGUGCGCACGUCGUCAGGCAUGUUCCUCAGCAAGGGCGAGGAUGACGUCAUCCGCGCCAUGGAGCAGCGCGUCAGCGAGUGGACGUUCCUUCCCGUGGCCAAUCAGGAGGCCCUGCAGGUGCUGCGAUACGGCAAGGGCCAGAAGUACGACCCGCACUUUGACUACUUCUCCGACCCCGUCAACACGCAGCUGGGCGGCCACCGCUACGCCACCGUGCUCAUGUACCUCAACAACGUCACCAAAGGGGGCGAGACCGUCUUCCCCACGCACAAGGAUGACACGCCCAAGGACGACUCGUGGUCCGACUGCGCCAAGGGGCUGCUGGCAGUGAAGCCAAGCAAAGGCGAUGCUCUACUGUUCUUCAACAUGCAGCCGGACGGCAGCCCGGACCCGUCCUCUCUGCACUACGCGUGCCCGGUGGUGGAGGGCAUCAAGUGGUCCGCGCCCAAGUGGAUCCGCAUGGGCGACGUCAGCGUGCCGCUCAGCGCUGCCGUCACCCCUGCCUGCCAGGACAGCAAUGCGUACUGUGAGGCGUGGGCCAAGGAGGGCCACUGCACAUCGGAGCAGUAUAAGGGGUACAUGGUUGGCACUGCAACAUCCACUGGGGCUUGCCGCAAAGCCUGCAACGCCUGCGACUUGUAGCGCUGGCCAGGGCUGACGUUAAAAAAAAAACCCCACUGGCAGGGUUCCCGUUAAGCAGACGAAAUCCGUUUGUUCAUCUGAGAAUCAGACUCACUUUUCCCGUGUCAUCUGAUUUUUUUACAACCCACUACUCUUCAUCUGAACGACCAUCUUGGUUAUAUAUGUCAAACAUGUGUAUUUGUCAUGUUUGUAUAGAUUGUAUGGGGUCACCUCUUAGAGGGUACAACACUUAGGUAUAUCUGCUUGUACUCUCACUCUACUAUCA